UUAUUAUGUUAUUUGAAAGUUCAAUUCGAACUGGAGAUCCACGACUUUCUACAAGAAAUAAAUAAGCAUAAACUACAGAAGUGGUAAAUGCUUAUGAUUAAUCAUUUAAUGGUAGAGUGAUAUAUGCAAGAAACUUAUUUUCGAAAUUGUUCUUGUAAAUGAUAAUCAUUUGUAAGUGUUUCAAAUAAUAUGUUAAUAUAGGUGUUUAUGUAUGGAUAGUACAUUCUAUACCAGCUUUAGAUAAUUUUUUAGAACAAUAGAAAUGGAUCUUUUGGUUAAGUUUUGGGAUAUGUAUAGGAAUAGCUACCUUAGCCUUAAUUUAUCGUAAUCAGAUAACUGUUGCUCCAAUUAAUUGGCUAAUUUUUAUUAUAUUCACUUUGUCAUUUGCUUCUGUUUGUGGUUGUUUUGUUGCUUUUGGAAAUUCUCAAAUUGGAUUGUUACUCUUUGUUAAUUUUGCAAGUAAGUUAAAUAUUUUAUGAUAAGGUUUAAUAUUCUUUUUAUUUUUAUACUCAUCAACAGUCAGAAGAAAGAUAACUUAUUCUGGAGCUGUAUUAUUUGUAUCAGCUAGUAUAUUAAUAGUAUUUGAACUAUUUACAAUAUACACUAAAAUUUCAUUAUUUUGGAUUAUGCUUAUAUCAUUAUCAUCUUUUUUAUUUGCAUUUUUAUUGCUUUAUGAUACUUAUACUAAUUUAAAGUAAGUUUUGUCAAUUUAAACUAUAGUUGUGGUGAUUCAUAUGAUAUCAAUAGGGCUGAUGAUGUAAGUGGAAGUGUGACUAUUUAUUGGGACAUUAUCCUAUUAGUUUUAAAGAUGGCAGAACUUAUUAAAGACAAUCUAUCAAAUAGAAAGAAUUGA